GCCACACGAGCGGGCGGGCUGGCUGGCUGGCUGGCAGGCUACCGGGGCCCCAGCUGCCGCUGCUGAUACCGCCGGCCCCGCGCUCCCUCGGGCGCUCGCUUCACCUCAGAAGCCCGACACUUCCGCCUCCCGGCCGCCGUCCGCUUGUCACUGGCGUGACGAGGGGCACGUGACCGGGGCGGGGCGGGGCCAGGGGCGGAGGCGGGGCGGUCACAUGAGCAGAACGCUCCGAGAAGAAUAGGUCGAGUGUCGUCAUGGGCUUCCUAAGGCUUUUCCGAUGCACUCCCGUCCCGUGGGCCUGGAAAUCUGCCCGACUGCAGCCGUCCCAGAUUUGGGCCUGGCACCCGCUCCGAUGGAAACACUCUGGGGGAGGCUCCUACAAAGCUGUGAUAUUUGACAUGGGUGGGGUUCUCAUUCCUGCCCCAUCCAAGGUGGCUGCAGUGUGGGAGGCGCAGAAUCACAUCCCUUCCGGAACAAUCAUCAAGGCCUUUGUCACUGGAGGGGAUAAGGGGCCCUGGAUGAGAUUCAUGAGAGGAGAAAUGACAGUGGAGGAAUUUUUACAGGAGUUUGGGACACAGUGCUCUGAGAUGAUAAAGUCGCCGUCGCCGGUGCCGGUUGGCUCAUUUUUUUCUCUGCUGACCAGUAGACAAUUUUCGAAGCAGUUGUCAGUGAUGACAGAAGCGAUAAGUCAAAUCCGGGCAGAAGGCCUGAAGACUGCAGUUCUUAGUAAUAAUUUCUAUCUCCCCAAUGGGGAGAGCUUUUUGCCUCUGGACCGGAAACAGUUUGAUGUGGUUGUUGAAUCCUGUCUGGAAGGGGUCUGCAAGCCGGACCCCCAUAUUUAUAAGAUGUGCUUGCAGCGGCUGCAGGUGGAGCCUGCAGAAUCCAUCUUUCUUGACGACCUCGAACGUAAUUUAAAAGCAGCGGCCCAGCUUGGCAUUCACGUUAUAAAGGUUAAUGAUGCAGAAAAUGCCUUAAAAGAGCUAGAAACCUUUCUGGGUUUUCCCUUGUGGAAGAUCAUUCCGAAUACCUGCUUUGUGAGAAAGACAAUGGAAAUUCCAAGAGAUUCCCUAGAGAAAUACCUCAAAAACCUUCUAGGAAGCCAAGCAGCAGUUUCAGGUCCCUUGGAAGUCCUGCAGUUCAGUCAUGGGCAGUCCAAUCCAACUUACUCCAUCAGGAUGGACAAUCACCACUUGGUCCUGAGAAAGAAGCCACCAGGAAAACUCCUUCCCUCUGCCCAUGCCGUGGAGAGGGAAUUCAGGAUAAUAAAAGCCCUCAGUGACACUGGAGUUCCUGUUCCCAAAGUUCUUGACCUCUGUGAGGAUUCAAGCAUCAUUGGCACGCCAUUCUACUUGAUGGAGUACUGCCCUGGGCAGAUCUACAACGAAGCCUCGCUUCCAGGCAUGGAGCCCAGCCAGAGGAAGGCCAUCUACGCUGCCAUGAACCAAGUGCUGUGCCAGCUUCAUAGUGUGGACAUCAAGGCAGCGGGUCUGGAAGACUACGGGAAGCAUGGGGACUACAUUCAACGCCAGGUUCAAACCUGGACUAAGCAAUACCGAGCCACAGAAACCAGCACCAUCCCGGCCAUGGAGCGCCUCAUCAAAUGGCUCCCACAACACCUGCCGAAGGGGCAGAGGACAACCGUGGUGCACGGAGAUUUCAGGCUAGACAACCUGAUGUUUAAUCCAGAAAAGGCCGAGGUGCUAGCCAUCCUGGACUGGGAACUGUCCACUUUAGGAGAUCCUCUCUCAGACGUUGCCUACAGCUGCCUGGCUCACUACUUGCCAUCUGACUUCCCUAUCAUAAAAGGUGUGAGUGACCUGGAUGCUACUCAGCUAGAUCCUACUGCCGAGGAGUAUCUCGAAAUGUAUUGCCGUCAGAUGGAGAUCCCUACAGCUGAGAACUGGAACUUCUACAUGGCCUUCUCCUUCUUCCGAGUGGCUGCCAUCUUGCAAGGGGUCUACAAACGUUUUCUCAAAGGUCAGUCGAGCUCAGCAGCUGCAGAACAGAGUGGGAAACUGGCUGAAUUCACGUCUAGCCUGGCGUGGGACUUUGCCAUCAAGGAAGGGUUUCGGAUCUUCAAAGGGAUGCCAAAUACAAGAGCGUCGACAAGGUCCUACUGUCAGUGGGCCCGUGGGAGGCUGCCGCUCAUCCCAAGCAGGACAAGAAGUUGGGCCACAUUUUCCAAGGCAUCUCAGGCUGCUGCCUCCAAAGGGGUCCUGAUUAUCUCUCCAGAAGCCCUCUCAGAACCAGUCAGGGAUCUCCACCAGAGGCUGGAGAGAUUCAUAGAAACCCAUGUAUAUCCCAUUGAGCAGGAACUGAGAAAUCACCAGAUGUCUGAGGCCAGAUGGACACCACCUCUGCAAAUUGAAGAGCUCAAGGAAAAAGCCAAGUCUGAAGGGCUGUGGAAUCUCUUCUUGCCCAUCGAGACCGACCCUGAGAAGAAGUAUGGUGCAGGCCUGACCAACCUGGAAUAUGCCCAUUUGUGUGAGCUCAUGGGCAAGUCCCUAUAUGCCCCAGAGAUUUUUAACUGCUCUGCCCCUGACACGGGAAACAUGGAGCUGCUGGUGAGAUAUGGAACCGAUGAGCAGAAGACCCGAUGGCUCCUUCCUUUGCUGGAGGGGAAGAUCCGCUCAUGCUUUGCUAUGACUGAGCCCCAGGUUGCUUCAUCGGAUGCCACCAAUAUCGAAUCUUCGAUUAGAGAGGAGAACGGGGUCUACAUCAUAAAUGGUCACAAGUGGUGGACAUCAGGAAUCCUGGAUCCCCGCUGCCAGCUCUGUGUGUUUAUGGGAAAAACAGACCCCCACGCCCCACGCCACCAGCAGCAGUCGGUACUCUUGGUUCCCAUGGAUACGCCGGGGAUAAAAGUCCUCAGGCCGCUGAGCGUGUACGGGCUGGAAGACCCUCCAGGCGGUCAUGGAGAGGUCCUAUUUGAAAAUGUGCGGGUGCCCAAGGACCAUAUGGUCCUGGGCCCUGGCCGAGGCUUUGAAAUUGCCCAGGGCAGGCUCGGCCCUGGGAGGAUCCAUCACUGCAUGCGGCUGAUCGGGUACUCGGAGAGAACGCUGGCUCUCAUGAAGGAGCGGGUGAAAUCCCGAGUAGCGUUUGGGAAGCCUCUGGUGGAGCAGGGCACCAUUUUGGCCAACAUUGCCAAAUCCCGAGCUGACAUUGAUCAGGCAAGACUGCUCGUGUUGAAGGCGGCCCACCUCAUGGACGUAGCAGGAAACAAGGCAGCUGCUUUAGACAUUGCCAUGAUCAAAAUGGUAGCCCCCACCAUGGCCCUGCGAGUGAUUGACCGCGCUAUUCAGGCCUUUGGAGCUGCAGGACUAAACAGUGACACUCCCCUGGCCCAGUUUUUUUCCUGGGCCAGAGCUCUCCGUCUUGCAGACGGACCUGACGAGGUUCACAGGACCACGGUGGCGAAGAUGGAGUUAAAGCGCUAGGUCUCUGCCACCAGCAGCAGCAGCAGCAGCAGCAGCGCCAUAGUGGGAGGAAUUGGGAAGCUUGAGGAUUAGCAGUGAUGUAAUUUAAAAUCGCCUCUGUGAUUUAGGGUGGUAGCUCUUUCAAUUGUGUUAAAUCUGGGAACAAUCACCUUGAUCUUUUACUGCCAAUAGGAGAAUUCCCUGUGAGAAACACAGGGUCUGAUGAUGCAUGAAAGGCCAGGGCUGAGAGCCUGGGCCCUCCCUCGCUCCCUGCAGAGGCCACAAAGCCGGCCUGAGGCCUCUGCAGGCCUGCCUGGGAAUCCAGCUGGUGUGGUGCUUCGCAACCCUGAGAGUGGAACCAAGGACAGGCCCAUAAGGCCGGCUAGGAGGGUGGCAGUGGAGGAGCUGGCCAGCCCUGGACCUUCCUUUGCCCAGUGGUGCCCUCUUCUGCCAUCAAGGAACACCUGAUCCUGUGGAGAAGAUGGCUGAAUGUGCAGGGGCACUGGAGUUCUCCUGCAGUGAAACCAACACCUGGCCCCUGAGACCACCACUCAACCAUUUCAGGGGCUCCUGUGGGGAGGCCAGAUUGUGUGGCCCUGGAUACAGAAUGGAAAAAGGACUUAAAAAAAAUAAGGAAAUAAAUCACACCGCCUUGAGGCGCAUCUUUGAAACAUGAACAACAUUCAGAAUAAAGCAUUUUAAUUUCAUCA